AUGAGUGACGGGGAGUCUGGCGGGGAGAGCCCGUGUGUGGCUGGCAACGGGAGGGAGUCGCUGCUCCAGCCCAGGAAGCUCGCCGGGAUCUUCUCUCCCCUGAACGACGCCCAUGCCGAGCCGGAGGGCCCUGCUAUCGAUGUCAAGCGGGCCGCGAACGGGGCGCCGUGCUCCGCGGCGGGUCCGAAGCAGGCGGGCAGGGGGGCGCGCAAGGGGAAGCGCAAGGCGCCCCUGGGCCACGCCGGAGACGCGCCCGGCACGGAACGCAUCAAGGUCCUCGUGCGACUGAAGCCCGACGCGGACGGCGAGCCCGCGGCCCCCGCGGGCGCGCGCGCGUGCUUCUGUGCGGUGGACGACACCACCCUGGUGGCGCGCGCGCCGGAGAACGUCCGCAAGACCACCCAGGCGUGGCGCGACAAGGCCGAGCGGAAGAUCAAGUUCGACAGGGUGUUCGGCCCGGAGUGCUCGCAGCAGGACGUGUUCGACGGCUCGGGCGUGUCGGACAUGGUGCGGAGCCUCGUGGAGAGCGCGUACGAGUGCGCCGACUCCGGGGCCACGCCGCAGCACAUGUGCGUGGCCGCGUACGGAAUCACCGGCUCAGGCAAGACGUUCACGAUGGACGGACUCCGCGACGAGGACGGUGCGAUGGUGCACGGCCAGCGCGGCCUGCUCCCGCGCGCCCUGGAGGCCCUGUUCGGCGCGCUGGAGGAGGAGCACGCGCGGCGGGGGGCGGGCGCGCCGUUCCGCGUGGUGGUGUCCAUCUGCGAGGUGUACAACGAGGCCGUGUACGACCUUCAGGACAGCAAGCCGUUCCGGAACGUCGACGGGAGGAGCAAGCGGCACAGGGCCCUGGGCCCCCGCCGCGCGCUGGAAGUGACGAUCGGCAACGGCACGCGGGCGCACGUGGCGGGGCUGCGGGCCACGGCGGUGUCCGGGGCGCGCGACGCCCUGCAGUGCCUCGCGGUCGGCGCGCGGAACCGCGAGACCGCGCCCACGCAGCUCAACCAGGCGUCGUCCCGCUCGCACGCCAUCUUCACCGCCACGAUCGUCCUCCCGGGCCCCGCGAGCGGCCCCGGCCUCGAGAUGGGGAAGCUGUCGUUCGUGGACCUCGCGGGGUCGGAGCGGCAGGGGGACGCGGGCAACAUGGAGCGGGACAACGCGGAGCGGUUCGAGGAGGCGCGCGGCAUCAACAAGUCGCUGUUCGCCCUCGAGAACUGCUUCCGGUCGCUGCGGCAGAACCAGGGGGCGGCGGGGGGCGCGCGGGGCGCGGGGCGCGAGCAGGGGCACGUGCCGUUCCGGGAGUCCACGCUGACGAAGAUCCUGUGCGACGCGCUGCAAGGCCACGGGCGCAUCUUGAUGGUCCUGAACAUCGCGACGACCGCGCGGUUCUUCCUCAAGACCAUGGCCAACCUGGAGCACGGCGGGACCAUCCGCGAGAACUACACCAGCAGGGCGCUCGCGCCCGCGCACGGAGGAGCGGAGAAGCAGCCCGCGAAGAAGAUGCGCCUCGAGCUGCGCGCCGAGGAGCGCGCCGCCAGGAAGGCGCAGCGCGAGGCCCCCGCCGUCGUGGCCAUGUUCGACGAAGACGCGCUCCACGGCGAGGCGGGUGCGGGGAGCGGGGCGCAGGAGGAGGUGCGGGCGCUGCGCGGGCGCGUGCAGGAGCUGGAGGAGGCGCUGGAGGACGCGGUGCUGGAGUGCCGGGGUCUCCGGGAGCAGUUGGUGGCGAAGGAGGCGGAGGUGGUGCUGGUGGAGCAGCGGGUGCGGGAGGAGACGGUGCGGGACCUGGACGGGCUGAUGGAGGACAUGAUCGCGCAGCGGGAGCGCGCGCACGCGGGCGAGGAGGUGGACAGCGCGGGGCGCCGCCGCAGGACGCGCGGGCGGCUCACCAAGAGCGCCGCGGGGAGCGACCGCGCGGAGGAGGAGGAGGAGGAGGAGGAGUCCGAGGAGGAGGACGGCACCGACGAUGAGGAGAUGAGCUGCGGAGAGGACGAGGUGGGGGGCGCGGCGCCUCGAACGAAGGCCGUCGACGUCGAGGUGGAGACGCUGAAGGCGCGCGUCGAGGAGCUGUCCCGGGACCUGCGUGCCUGCAACGACGCCAAGUCCAUUGCGCAGGCCAAUCUGAGGCGCAUGGAGCAGCGCGCGGAGGACGCGGAGCUGGCGGCAGAAAACGCGCAGGGCAGGGCGCGCGCGGCGGAGGAGGCGCUCGCGGCGCAGCGGGAGGCCGCGGUCCAGGAGCGCGCGAACCACGCCGCCGAGCGGGACGCUCUGCGCGCGGACCUGGAUCAGGCCGAGCGCGCGACCGUCGGGCAAGAGGAGCGCGUGCAACAGCUGCUGCGGCUGUGCCAGGCGCUGCAGAAGGCCGGGGCGAAGGCGGGCGUGAAGCUCACCGUAGACAAGGAGGACCUCCUGCCCGAGGGGGAGCACGUGCCGGGCCACACGCCGCACGCGCUGGCCCUGGCGUUCGCGCGCUCGUCCCCCGCGGGCGAGCAGGACGACAGCGACGCGGAGGAGGGGCCGAUGCAGGACCUGCCCGCGGCCGAGGCAGUGCGCCUGUCGAUGGACGCAGCCGACGAGCCGGCCGCGUUGUCGCCCCAGCAGGCCGAUGCCAUCGACAUGGGGGGCCCGGGGGCGGCCGCGGACGAGCAGGACGAGGAGGUUCCGGGCGAGGGCGGCGCAGGAGCGGCCCCGGAGGAGGCGCGCGCGGAGCCGUGCGAGCCCGCGGGGGCCCCGUCGCGGUGGGUGGUGCAGUACGUGGGCGACAGCAGCGAGGAGGACACGCCGGAGCGCGGGGGCGCGGGGGACCUCCCGGAGCGUCCGAUCGACGGCGACGCCUUCGGGGCCGCGGACGAGGUGGCGCUGGCUCUGCGCGCGCGGUUCCGUGCGGAGCGGGGCGACGCGCGGAAGAUGACGGUCAGGGUGCUGCGCGGGCGGCUGGCGGAGUGCGGCUUCAUCGCGGAGCUGGACGGGCUGCCGGCGCGCGCGAAGAAGUGCGAGGUCGUCGCGCUGUACGAGCGCCUCGUGCUGGGGGAGGGCCGGAGCCCGGAGCAGGGCGGCGCGCAGGCGGCGGUGACGCAGGUUGUGGGGUGCUCGCGCGAGGCGCGGACGCCGCGGCGCAACGACGCGCGGCCGAGCGGGACGCGCGCGGCGCUGUCGCCCAUCAACGGCGGCGCGGAGGUGCGCGCGGACGAGGCCAAGCGGUCGCCCCUGGCGCGCGCAGUUCCUCCCGCGGCGGGGCCAGAGAACGGCCCGACGGCGAGCAAGCGCAGGAGGCUCGGGAAGCGGAUGGCGCGCGAGGACGUUCGGACGAACGCGCACCUGCAGGGCGGGCGGGGGCUGACUGCGGCGCUCGAGAAGUACGCGUCGAUGCAAUCGUCGGACACGCUGGCGAUCGCGUCGAAGCGGAAGUGCGUGCGGUGA